CGAACGAGAGGGAAAGAGCAAUACGCUGGAUGCUACGACUUGCAAGAGGAGCGUCGUUGCUGAUACCCAGGAGUAGCAUGCAUAACAUGACGGUCUCGAGAUACACCGGAAUGUCGCGACAAGACCUCAUUGCGAGGCUUGAAGCGCUCGAAGGAAGGCAAGGACAGCAGCAGGUGGCUUCGACUGCGUUCAAGGAGGACGGGCCGAAAGGCGUCGUCGCUUCCUCUCGGACCUUUCGCGAGCAGGAGCCGAAUGGCGCGUCCUCGUCUGCCAUAUCCACAGAUACGGGAGCGGAGGGGAGCAGCGGCAGCACCGGCGGCAGCGGCAGCGGUCGACGCAAGCAGUCAACGAAGAAGAAGGAGGAAAAGGAAUUUUCCGUGUCGGAUCAGCCGUGUCGCAAGAUUGCCCUUCGCUUUUCUUAUGACGGAGCCCACUACUCGGGACUUGCAGCACAGAUUGGUGCUCCCACGGUGGUCCCAACAGUCGAGGCUGUGCUAUGGGAAGCCAUGUGUGUGGCGCGACUCGUGGACCCGGACAAAGGCAUGGCUGGUGCUGGGUGGUCCAGAUGCGGUCGAACUGACCGAGGUGUCAGCGCCGCCGGGCAGGUCGUCGCGCUGUGGGUCAGGAGCAGAAAGGUGGAUCAGCGCAAGCAAAGGCAACGCUUCGAGGCCAUGGUGGAGGAGAGGAAGAAGGCGAGGCAGGAGCAAGGUCUGGAAGCCUCGGACGAGUCUGACGACGAGGAGGUCCUUGGCCCCGCUUCAGACCUGCAUGAAGAGCAAGAGACGGUCAUCGAUGCAGAUGGGGACGAGCUUCCUUACAUCGGCACACUCAACCGCAUUCUGCCCCCAACCAUCCACGUUCAGGCCUGGUCGCCCGUCAGGCCUGACUUCUCUGCCCGAUUCGAUUGUCGCUAUAGGCACUACAAAUACUUUUUCACAGCCGGUGCACCACCCUGGCUCCACUCGUCAUCAAACAGCCUCGAGAGAAGACAAGCGUUUGGCCCUGUCCCCCGUCUCGACAUUGACCGAAUGCGCGAGGCGGCUCAGAGGCUUCUUGGCGACCACGACUUUCGUAACAUGUGCAAGAUCGAUGCGAGCAAGCAAAUAACCAAUUUCAGGCGGAGAAUCGAUGGUGCUUCGAUCGAUCGUGUCCACCCAGGCUGGCCUGUGGUUGACCCAGGCUCUUCGACCCCUAGGGAAAAGGCGCAGCAAGAGGAGCAAGAGCUGAGCCCGCUCCAAGAUCCCACAAGGGAGGACAUGUACGUGCUCAAUCUUCGGGGCACCGCGUUUCUCUACCACCAGGUCCGCCACAUCGUCCAAAUACUCUUCCUUGUUGGAGCACACUUGGAAGAUGUGAGCAUCGUCGAUGAGCUCUUCAAUGUCGCGAAGGGGCAGACGAAGAAGGAUCGCAAGAAGAUGCGUGUCGCCGGCGUCGAGAUUGGGCGUGGGGAUACAUAUCUACCGGGCAGCACAAGCACUGAGCCAGACGGCAAAGUGGCCAGCAGCGGCACUGGACCUCGCCUCGUCAAUGGAGAGCAGACAGACGAAGAGGGCGAUGCUGGAGAGGAGCAAACAGACGACGAGGAGCUGCAACGCCUGUCAAGUCUGGCAAUCUACGACCGCAAGCCGCAGUAUGAGAUGGCAUCGGACAGGCCUUUGGUCCUGUGGGACUGCGGUUUCCGGCCCGGUGACAUCCAGUGGCGAGCCGGGAUGUACGACGGACCACUUUCCAACCUCGACGCUCCGAGCAAAGCGGUCGACUUGACGUCGCCGCUCAGCAUGGCGACGGCCAGCCUGCACACACUGUGGUCAUCCCAUGCGAUCCAGGCUGAAAUGACGAAACACUUUCUCCUCGCCAUGCCGCGGCUGGAUAAUGGCACAUUGCCGGCCUCGACGACUUUCGACAAGGCCUCUUUUCCUGGGUACCCAGGUGCGAGAGCAAAAGUUGACGUUGAAGGAUUCCACAGAGACCAGAGGAAUCAGAUGAGGAGGAUCUUGCCGCUCGGGAACGGGAGCUACAAGACGGCCAUCGACUGGAAGGGUCUCUACAGUCGAAAGCGGGAGGAUACAGCCGACGAGAAGAAUCUCAAAUACCGAGAAGGCGCUGGAAAGAGAAGGGCAGAGAGGGUGAAGCUGAGGGAAGAAUCGCAACAGCAACAGAUACCUUGAUGUAAUUCAAUAGCGGAUCCUUCAUCUCAGAAUGCAAGAACUUUUUGCAAGG